AUACACCGGGGCGGGAGCGUGGCGGAGGAGGGAGGGAGCCGUGCUGCCUGCGAAAGCCUCUCCUCGCCGUUAGUCAGCGCUGGUCUCGCUUCUCCUCCCGCCCCCUGCUUCUCCUGUUGGGAGCCGGGCUUUCGCUCCUGUUCCCCUCGGGGUUGGCGGUAGAGCAUCCUCCUCCUCAUCUUCCUCCUCCUCCUUCCCCCCGGUCCCCAUGGCUUCGUCCGGCAGCGGCAUGGAGGAGGUGCGCGUCUCGGUGCUGACCCCGCUGAAGCUGGUGGGGCUGGUGUGUAUCUUCCUGGCGCUGUGCCUGGACCUGGGGGCCGUGCUGAGCCCCGCCUGGGUGACGGCGGACCACCAGUACUACCUGUCCCUCUGGGAGUCCUGCCGCAAGCCCGGCAACUUGGACAGCUGGCUCUGCGAGUCGACGCUGCACAGCGACUGGCAGAUAGCUACUCUUGCUUUGCUGUUGGGUGGUGCUGCCAUCAUUCUCAUAGCUUUCCUGGUUGGUCUGAUCUCUAUCUGUGUGGGAUCUCGGAGGCGGUUCUACAGGCCAGUAGCAGUCAUGCUCUUUGCUGCAGGUUACCAUAUGUAUUGUUUUGGUGUAACACAAAGGACAGGUUUGCUGAAUUCCUCUGCAGAACUGUGGAUCAGACGUUGUUCUUCAGGUGUGCAGCUUAGUCCUCUACCCAAUCAAGUUCAUUGAAACAGUCAGCUUGAAAAUAUACCAUGAGUUCAACUGGGGCUAUGGCCUGGCUUGGGGUGCAACUAUAUUUUCAUUUGGGGGUGCCAUCCUUUAUUGCCUGAACCCUAAGAACUAUGAAGACUAUUACUAGAAUCAUUUAAUGGAGAGAAAAAUAUCAAAAGGAUUACCCCAUCUUUUCUAACUCACGGUUUUUUUUAGAACACUUGUGGAGCACCAGUCUGCUCUGUUGAUAAAAUAGCCUUUGCCUUUUGGGUGUGAACACUGUAACCAGCUUUUACAACCAUUUAGAAGAACUGCAAACACUAGGAUUGCUGAUCUUACAUAGGCAGAUGCUGCAAGCUGCUGAUACAUAGGCUUUGUUUUUCCUGACAACAAGCAAAGGAUCUACGUGACAGCGAUCGUUGUGAGAAAACUAGUUGGAAUGAGAAUUCAAGGCCAGCAUCUGCUAUUGCCUUCAGGGGAGCAGCUGGUAUAGGCUCCAUUUAGAAGUUUCUCUGUAUCGUAGAGGAUUCAAAUGUCUGAUAAACAGGCAAUGGCAUCUUGUACAAUAGGCUGUGUUGGCCCCUUAUUACUUGUUCAAAAAAGCUCUUAAGGAAUUAGUUGCAAGUAACUGUUGAGGGCAGUGCAUGUAACUGGUUAAUGACUUGUCUAA